AUGGCCGCCGUCUCAAUCAGCGCACCUGGUAUGAAUAGUGGCCUCUUGUUCAACAAUGGUAACAACAAUGCGCGCGUGGUUGUAACUGGUGACGCUGAAAGCCCGGAGUUCGUCCAGGACUGCUCCGAAGAGGGAUUCGAUGCAAUCUAUGUGCCACUAGCGGGUGGUGGAAUCCAAUACUUCGACAAAUUGAAGGCUGUGAAAGAAGGUCUAGGUGUUGGAGAAAAUUAUGCGAUAAUCGCAUUUGGUGAAGCUGCUAGUAUCUGUCUGGAACACUAUAUGCAAUCAAUGAAUGCGAGCAGGCUCUGCGCACUUGUUGCAUACUACCCCACCAGGAUCCCUGACACGCGCAAAGAAUUCCCACUUUCCCUACGAGUCGUCGUUCAUCUUGUAGGAACACAAGUACAGGUUGUCACUUAUCCUACCACCCUAGGGUUGCAGGGAAGACAACGCCGGAGGACACGACACCUCGAUCCUGGUAUUGGAACAAGUGAGCGCUUGAAUUGGGCCUACCCGGCAUACACCUAUUGGGCCGAGAGUGGGUUUGCAGAAGAGAACGUGGACGCUUAUAACCAUCUGUCAGCGAGUCUAGCAUGGACACGAACGUUGCAGGCUUUGCGAAAGGGCUUCUCGAGAGAUGCUGACGGUGACUUGGAAAAACUGGUGGAUAAACACCAAGAAGCCAAAUACUUUAAGAAAAACGUUUCCAGAACUCUCGAUACAUAUGACCAGGUCACGCCAGCAGUAGUCACCUAUGCUUCAACUUUGAGUGGUGGAAUUGGCACAGCGGCUCUACGCCAUUUUUACGAUCAUUAUUUCCUGGGCGAACUUCCUCCGUCGAUGAAAAUCCGCUUGAUUUCACGUACCACCGGGGCAGAUCGUGUAGUUGACGAGCUACACGUGUCAUUCGACCAUACCCAGGAAAUGCCAUGGAUGCUCCCAGGUGUUCCUCCCACUAACAAGGCGGUCGAAAUUAUAAUUGUCAGUAUCAUCAGGAUACGCGGUGGUAAGCUGUCGUCAGAACAUGUUUACUGGGAUCAGGCUAGCGUGUUAGUACAAAUCGGUCUUCUUUCCCCGAAAUUGAUUCCUGGCACUGUGACGGGAGUCCAUCGUUUACCAGUUGUUGGUUGUGAGGCUGCGCAACGUAUUGUCAAUGAGGAUCCUAUGCUCGAGGAAGAAAAUUAUCAUAACAAAAUGAUCCGUGCUGCAAAGCGAAAGGCAAAGGCAAAAACAAAAACACCCGAACAGCAUAAAGCCCACUCUGACCAGAUGGCGGAGGAUUCCGGGGUUGAAGUCAAGAGCGUGGCUGAACAGGGGAAUAGAAUGCCAGAAAAACAACCUGCUACAUCCGAGAAAGUUGGAGAGGCCAAUGGAGAGAAUAAUGGAAACGGAAAGGCUCACGAGACCAAGCCGUCUUCUGAGACCAAGAGAGAAUUAACUGAUCGAUCAGCUUAUAUUGAAGACGGUAGCCAAGAUGAGCAGUAA